ACUUGUGUUCUAAGCAUUUAUCAUAAAGCUGAGCAAUAUGAAAAUUUUCAAGAAAUUACGCAAUCGUAUGGUUCCUUACUGCAUGUCGGUGAGAUUGAAUCCCAGGAAUAGCCGGCAUCGCGUGCAGAAUGCGUCAGCACCACAACCUUACAACUCUGUUCAGGAUGAGGCUACUCCUGGAGAAAUAUUUCCGAGAAUUGUUGAAGUUUUUGUUAAUGGUGAGUAUACUGCUGAGGCUGACCCUAACCCGGAAGUAGAAGUUGUGACCGAGGUGGACCCUCUGGCAGAAGUUGAAGAUUGGGCCAAGGCUGACCCUAAUACAGAGGUUGAAGUUUUGGCCGAAGCUGACCCUAAUACAGAGUUUGAAGUUUUUGCUGAGGCUUACCCUAAGAUUGAGGAUGAGAUUGUAGUUAUGGAGGAGGCUGACUUUAAGACUUAUACUAAGGAUGAUGAUAUGGCUGAUGCUGACCCUAUGACCGAGGUUGAAGUGAUGGCCGUAGCUGACCCUAAUACGGAAGUUGAAGUUUUGGUCGAAGCUAACCGUAAGGCAGAGUUUGAAGUUUUCGCUGAAGCUGACCCUAAGGUUGAGGAUGAGAUUGAAGUUAUGGAGCAGGCUGAGAAUACUGAGAAUGAUGAUAUGGCAAGUUAGAAGUGAUGGCCGUGACUGACCCUAAGGCUGAGGCUGAAGUUUUGGCUAGGGCUGACCUUAAGACGGAUGUUGAGGAUCAAGUCAUGGCAGAGGGUCUGGUUGAGUCCCUAACUUCCGUUUUUAAAUGAAAUGCUGCUUUUGAAACAUAUGAAGAUAACGAAUUUAUUGCUUUGAAGUAGCAGACACUUCAAAAUCUUCAGACCCAAAGCGCACCAUUAUCCUAGAAACACACCAAACACUGUUAUCGUUAAUUGCUCACAUCGCUUAAAGGAGAUUGAUUGUAUCAUUGAUGCCAUUGUCCCCCUUCCACAUUUUCCACCCCACAUAAUGGAGCAAAUCGGAGACGUUGCCGCCCAU